AUGGCAACAGACGACCCAAAAAAACUGUUGUCCUGCUUUAGUGUAUUUACAUUCUGCGCGAUGGGACUCCUCAAGUUGUCAUCGUUGUUGAUAUACCAAAAACGUUGGCGAUCCCUUAUAAAUAAAGCUUCUAUGGUAGAAAGCUAUUAUUUAAAAAAGAAUGAAUCUCAAAAUGGAAAAGAAUCAGAAGAAGAAAACAGCUUCAUGACGGAUCAUAUUCACUUGUACACAAAACAUUUUCAUAGCGUUUCUACAAAUCUAUCCAGAAUUUAUAAUUUUACGGCCAUUAUUUAUAUGGUUUCACCAUUCAUAGAACACGCGAUUCAAAUCUGCAGCGGAAACAAUGAUCAUAAAUAUCCUCAUAUUCUGCAAGGAUGGGCGCCACUGGAUUUUAACAUUUUUGGUUAUUUUUUUACGAUUGUGACAGAGGCAGUAGCUGCUAUAUACUGUGUCAUUAUUCACAAAACCUUCGAUUUAACUGUUAUUGGGUUAAUGAUAUUUAUACGAGGUCAAUUUGCUUUGCUUCAUAAUUUAAGCACUCGUAUUGGAGGAAGAGGAAAUAACUUAUUAUUAUCGAAGAGGAGAGAUGAACUUGCUCAUGGCAGGAUCAAAGAGUGUCAUAAAAUCCAUCUUGCUUUACUAAGGUCAAUUAAGGAUCUCGGUGAAUUCGUGCAGAGCAUAUUGGGCAUAUACUUCUUCGUAGCAACUCUAACAUUAUGUUCUGUAGCUGUUCAGUUACAAUGGAAACAUCUUAGCACCACACAACUUAUAUCUCUCCUACAAUACAUGUGUGCGAAUUUGACGCAGCUUUUUCUCUUUUGUUAUUAUGGUGACGCCGUUUGCCAUAAGAGUUCCGUCAGUUUGGGCGAGGGUCCUUUUUGCACUGCCAGCUGGUGUCUUAGUGCGAAAAUACGUCGUGAGCUUGUCAUUUUGUGUGUUGGUAUGUCUCAACCUCGACGAAUAUUCGCAGGGCCUUUCAACACACUAGAUUUACAUUCAUUUAUACAGGUGAUUUAG